GCAGCAGCAGCAGCAGGAGCAGCUAUCGCUUCUCUGCAGAGCGGGGGCAGGGGCCCCGACGCCCUCCUGCCCUCCCGCCGCCUCCUGCCGCUAUGAGCCAGAGAAGUCCGGGGGACUGGGUUCCCCUCGACCCCACUUCUGGAACCCCCAACCCUUUCGUGCAUGAGCUACAUCUCUCUCGCCUCCAAAGGGUUAAGUUCUGCCUCCUAGGGGUCCUAUUGGCCCCCAUCCGAGUGUUUCUGGCCUUUAUCAUCCUCUUUCUCCUCUGGCCCUUUGCCUGGCUUCAAGUUGUAGGUCUUACUGAGGAGCAGCUUCAGGAACCACUUACAGGAUGGAGGAAGACUGUGUGCCAUAAUGGGGUGCUGGGCCUAAGCCGCUUGCUGUUUUUCCUGUUGGGCUUCCUCCGGAUUCGAGUUCGGGGCCAGCGGGCCUCUCGCCUUCAAGCUCCUGUUCUUGUUGCUGCCCCUCAUUCCACUUUCUUUGAUCCUAUUGUUCUGUUGCCCUGUGACCUGCCCAAGGUGGUAUCCAGAGCUGAGAACCUUUCUGUGCCUGUCAUUGGAGCCCUUCUUCGAUUCAACCAAGCCAUCCUGGUAUCCCGGCAUGACCCAGCUUCUCGGCGUAAAGUAGUGGAGGAGGUCCGAAGGCGGGCAACCUCAGGAGGCAAGUGGCCCCAGGUGCUUUUCUUUCCUGAGGGCACCUGUUCCAAUAAGAAGGCUUUGCUUAAAUUCAAACCAGGUGCUUUCAUCGCAGGGGUGCCUGUGCAGCCUGUCCUCAUCCGAUACCCCAACAGUCUGGACACCACCAGCUGGGCAUGGAGAGGCCCUGGAGUACUCAAAGUCCUCUGGCUCACAGCCUCCCAGCCCUGCAGCAUCGUGGAUGUGGAGUUCCUGCCUGUGUACCAUCCCAGCCCUGAGGAGAGCAGGGACCCUACCCUCUAUGCCAACAAUGUCCAGAGAGUCAUGGCGCAGGCCCUGGGUAUUCCAGCCACUGAAUGUGAGUUUGUAGGAAACUUGCCUGUGAUUGUGGUGGGCCGGCUGAAAGUGGCAUUGGAGCCACAGCUCUGGGAACUGGGGAAGGUGCUUCGGAAGGCUGGGCUGUCCCCCAGCUGUGUGGAUGCAGGAGCAGAGCCAGGGCGGAGUCGAAUGAUCAGCCAGGAUGAGUUUGCCAGGCAGCUGCAGCUCUCUGAUCCUCAGACAGUGGCUGGUGCCUUCAGCUAUUUCCAUCAGGAUACCAAGGGUUUGGUGGACUUCCGAGACGUGGCCCUUGCACUAGCAGCCCUAGAUGGAGGCAGGACCCUGGAGGAGCUGACGCGCUUGGCUUUUGAGCUCUUUGCUGAGGAACAGGCUGAGGGACCUGACCGCCUACUGUACAAGGACGGCUUCAGCACCAUUCUGCACCUGCUGCUGGGUUCACCCCGCCCUGCUGCCACCACUUUGCAUGCUGAGCUGUGCCAGGAGGGCGCCAGCCAAGGCCUCUCCCUCUGUCAGUUCCAGAACUUCUCCCUCCAUGACCCUCUCUACAGGAAGCUCUUCAGCACCUACCUGCGCCCCCCCCACACCCCUCGAAGCUCCUCUCAGAUAUCAAAUGCCUCACUUCCAGGCAGCCCCAUUGCUCUGGCCAAUGGGACUGUUCAAGCACCCAAGCAGAAGGGCGACUGAGCACCUGACCUCUUGUCACCUGCUCCUCCCCAGCUCACCUCCAGCCCCUCACUCAGGGCAGCACCAGGGGCCUAGCCUGGGCCUCAACCCCACCUCUGCUCCUGUUGGAUUCUUUUAUUGUUGUU